CCUCCAUUCAAGGCUUGCGUGGUCCAAGAAUAGCUUCUGCCUCAAUAGUCUCUGCUUAUAACGCCGAGCUGCUGCUGCUGCUGCGGGGGAAAGGAAGUGACAUCUACUCCUACUACACUCACACCAGGAGAGAGAGAGGGGGGGGGAGAGAGAGAGCGAGAGAGAGAGAGGGAGAGAUUAUCGCGCAGGCGGUGGUAAUCUGGUUUCAGGACCACGGACAGAGACACCGCACCGGGCCAUGAAUCCCGGCCCUGAAGUUGCCUCCAGCUCCAAAAAACCUCAACCUCACACCGGACACGAGUGUGUGUGUGCGCGUGUGGAGAGAAGUUUGUGUGAGAGCGCGCUGAAGUCACGCACUGACCAUGUUUGUGCUCAGGUGAUUUCACAGGGAAAUCAGUGAGUGUCGAGGACGACAGAGGAAAGUGCCACUCCUCAAGUCAAAAUCAAGUUUUUUUUAAUUAAUGUGUGAGUGAGAAACUCGUGCGCUCAGGCGGGAGCGCGCACAGACUUAAUUUUUUUUUUUUUUUCGCUCACAUUGGUCCAUUGGAUCCUGGAGUCGUGAGGAUGGAAAUCCGGCCGGACAGGUUUAAGGCCGUGGCAGCCAAGACUCUGGGCAAGAUAUACGGAGUUCUUGAGAAGAAGCAGGAGAAUGGCGAGACCAUCGAGCUGUCGGCAGAAGGCCGUCCAGAGCUGGUGGAGGAGAAAGAGAUGCCCGUGGUGGACUGCACGUGCUUCGGGCUGCCGAGGCGCUACAUCAUCGCCAUCCUCUCCGGCCUUGGCUUCUGCAUCUCCUUUGGAAUCCGGUGUAACCUGGGCGUGGCCAUCGUCAGCAUGGUCAACAGCCACAAGGUCUACAAAGACAACAAGGAGGUCAUAGUGAAAGCUCAGUUUGACUGGGAUCCAGAGACGGUGGGAAUGAUCCACGGCUCGUUCUUCUGGGGAUACAUCGUCACUCAAAUCCCAGGAGGCUUCAUUUGUCAAAGGUUUGCAGCAAACAGAGUGUUUGGCUUUGCCAUCGUGGCCACGUCUUUCCUGAACAUGCUCAUCCCCAUGGCAGCGCGGAUGCACUUUGGCUGCGUCAUCAUCGUCAGGGUGUUCCAAGGACUUGUGGAGGGUGUGUCAUAUCCUGCCUGUCAUGGCAUUUGGGCGAAAUGGGCACCGCCUCUUGAAAGAAGUCGUCUGGCCACGACAGCCUUCUGUGGUUCUUAUGCUGGUGCUGUGAUCGCUAUGCCGUUAGCUGGAAUCCUUGUCCAGUACUCUGGAUGGUCAUCAGUCUUCUACGUCUACGGAAGUUUUGGGAUCAUGUGGUACUGCUUCUGGACCCUGGUGUCUUAUGAGAGUCCGGCAGCACAUCCCACCAUCACUGAGGAGGAGAAGAAAUAUAUCGAGGAAAGCAUCGGCGAGUCAGCCCAGAAUUCCAUACUGAAAUUUAACACACCAUGGAGGGCAUUCUUCACUUCCAUGCCCGUGUACGCCAUCAUUGUGGCGAAUUUCUGCAGGAGCUGGACUUUCUACUUGCUUCUCAUCAGCCAGCCAGCUUACUUUGAAGAGGUGUUUGGGUUUGAGAUCAGCAAGGUGGGCAUAGUUUCUGCACUUCCCCAUCUGGUUAUGACCAUCAUCGUGCCCAUUGGUGGUCAGCUUGCCGACUAUCUUCGCUCCAACCAAAUCAUGACCACCACUAAUGUCAGGAAACUCAUGAAUUGUGGAGGUUUUGGGAUGGAGGCGACUCUGCUGCUGGUGGUGGGCUUCUCUCACACUAAGGGUGUGGCUAUUACAUUCCUGGUCCUGGCUGUGGGUUUCUCUGGCUUUGCCAUUUCAGGUUUCAAUGUAAACCACCUGGACAUUGCGCCGCGAUACGCUAGUAUCCUCAUGGGCAUCUCCAACGGUGUGGGCACUUUGUCUGGCAUGGUUUGCCCACUUAUAGUCGGCACCAUGACAAAGCACAAGACACGAGAAGAGUGGCAGGGUGUGUUUCUCAUUGCCUCAAUUGUUCAUUAUGGAGGUGUCAUAUUCUAUGGACUUUUUGCGUCUGGGGAGAAGCAAGCUUGGGCCGAGCCCGAGCAACUGAGCGAUGAGAAAUGUGGCAUCCUGGACGAGGACGAGCUCGCCAACGAGACGGAGGAGCUCUAUCGCACAAGCGGCGGGGCAGGUUACGGCGCCAUGAACCAGGGAGUGGAUCCCAAUGGAGGAGGAGGAGGAGGCUGGGUCUCCGACUGGGACAAAACCGAGGAGUAUGUGCAACCAGCAGCCGGAACCAAUAACUACCUUUACAGAGGAGAGGGUGACAGAGAGCUGACGUAAGACACGUGGAUCGUCUCCACAAACAGCACAAUCAACAGAGUGACCUGACAAUUUUAAAAAAGUGCAGACUUGUACAAGGGACAAUUUUCUGCAAGUCUGUAGGCCUACUACUUUAUUACAUUACAACAGAACUGAAUUCAAAGAGACUGCACGUGGCUGCAGGUGAAAACAUUAGUAGAUAUAAAAAAUGUGUGUGUUUGCGUGUUUGCAGUUGUGUGACAGACAAUCUAUGUAAAACAAAACAAAAAAAAAAAAGUUGUAGGACCUGUUAUCCUCGGUGUAUUAACGAUUGGAGACCGUGGGUGGUGUUUUAGGUCCGGUGUGGCGUUCGUUGAUGUUUAUUCAUUGUAGUAAUUAUAGAAAAGUACUAAUCAAUUGGCACAUGUCAGUAGUAUACCUCUCAUUUGACACAUCUUCAGGCACAUAAGCACAUUUCUGUUUUUGUUCCUGUUUUUUGUCUCUGUCCCAUUGAAGUUUUAUUUUCAAUGUGCACACUUUUAGGGGGAAAAAAAAGCAUUUCACUUGUGCCAAUACAACAAAAAAACAUCUUGCGCUCAUAGUAUUGGUUUACUUAUCCACUGAGAAUUGAACACUUGAAUUGAAAGCCUCAUAUUUGACUGUAAAGAAUGGCAUUGUCUGGAUACAAAUCAAGAUUUUGUAUUAUACCAGGUCCCCACAAGUCAUUUUCUUUUCUUCAAAGCCCAGAAUCUGAAGCUUUACAUGCAAUGUUUUCCUUUAAGUCAUUGUUGGGUUCAACUAAUUUGUGCUCUAAUUCUUUCUCAGAAAAACAGGAACCCAACACAUGACUCAUUUAUUCUCUGUCUGUUUUGACUGUCGUUUAAUAGCAUAAACUGUCCAACCGGGUGCUUCACAGGCUUCAACCUUGGCAGGUGACUUACUUAAGUACUUAAGUGUGCAGUGCCGACUUGUAUAGAAAGUUCUUUGAUAGGAAAUGUAAGAGAUAUUGGUAGGAAAUGUCACACACAUACACAGAGGUCAGCACCAGUGGAUAUUCUUUCAUUCGCUAACACAAUACACUGUCAAUAAUACACAAUAAUACACUCAAAACUAAAGUGCACCUAAAAAGAAAGUCACUAAAUAAAAUAAAUGUUCUUACAUAAAAUAAAAGAAGGUGGAAAUCCCCUUUUGCUUUAUUAAUGUACAUAGUGCACCAAGCUGAAAAUGUUAGAUUAUCAGUAAAAAAAAACCCAACAAACUAAGAUUAAUUAAACAUAACAGGGUGAUAAUGCAUGGACAUCAAAACAAGUUUUAUUUAUUAUUUGUAGCACAUGUAAUGUAUUGAUACUUGCCCUCUUGUGGGAUGGUACCAGUGUUUCAUUGAUUAAAUUUCACUCACUAAUAAAUACACUGUAUUUAAUAUGA